AGUUUGCAGUCUCUGUCUGUUUCAGAAUGUAGACACAGCACAGCACUUCACGUGACUGUUAGCUCUCAGCUGACUUUUGAUGAAGUGAGAAGAUCUGUCUCUCUACUGAGAAAGGAGAUUGAGGAUUUUUGCAAAGAUGAAAUAGAAAUUAUAUCUGAUAAAGUUAAAUUCGUUGAGAUCAUUCCUUCCCCUGAACCCAAGGUCAGAGAAGAGUUCUUACAAUACUCCUACCAGUUGACUCUGGAUCUGAACACAGUGAAUCCAGUCCUCGGACUGUCUGAUGGGAACAGAGUUAUCUUUCAGGGUGACAUGAACUAUGGGUACCCUGAACAUCCAGACAGAUUUGAUUACUGGGAGCAGGUGUUGUGUAGAAAGAGAGUGUGUGGACGCUCUUACUGGGAGGUUGAGCGGAGUGAAAAUGGUAUUGUGGAUGUAGCAGUGUCAUAUAAAAACAUCCGUAGGAAGGGAGAAGUUGAGAGGAGGGAUUGCUUAUUUGGAUGUAAUGAUCAGUCCUGGAGUUUAUGUUGCUCCGAAUACUCUGGAUACUCAUUCAGUCACAAUAAUGUAGAGACUGAACUCCCUGUGAAGUCCAUCAGCAGGAGAAUAGGAGUGUUUGUGGAUCACAGUGCAGGAACUCUGUCCUUCUACAGCGUCUCUGACACAAUGAGCCUCAUCCACACAGUCCAGACCACAUUCACUCAGCCGCUCUAUCCGGGGUUUAGAGUUUUUUAUGGAACAACCAUGAAACUAUGCAAUUUAUCAAAAUAG